CCUUUGAGUCUCGACAUUCCUUUCGUCUACCCCGUCGCUCCUUGCUUCGUCCGCUCCCCCUCACGAUCCUUGGUUCACCAAGCUAUUUCGUUGCCGCACCCCCGCACCCGGACAGCAGCCUGGCCACCACGAGCACCAACCCGAUCCUGGGACCUGAAUCAUCCACGCUCACCCUCGUCGCCGUCAAUUCACGUGUCCAAAUUUCCAACGCUCCCUUGAACGUGUAAAUCUUUCGGUCGCCGCAAAGUCCUGCCUCGGGAGCUUUGAAUUGCUGCUUUGCCGUCCUCUCGGGAUUAUGCUCUUCUAAAGCUGCACUCUAUUCUCUGUUAUCUGUGAAUACUUGUGGUUAGCCUAGAGUUCUACAUGUCCAAUAAACCAUCGCAGCCCUCUGGAGAGCGCACCACUUCCUCCCGAACCUCAGCCGUGCAACGCUCAACUGAACCGACGACUUCUCGCAAACGUUCAAACACAAAAUACGGUGUCCAGCCUGCCAUCCAUCUCUCAUUGAAAACAUCGACGUCCGCGCUUCCACGUCUGCAGUCUCAUGGCGGCGUUAACCUAAACUACGAUCUUCAGCAGGCCACCUUUGGUAAACGGUCCGCCGGCUCAUCGUCCCCCUCUACUGCCUCGCCGUCUACCGGACGGAGCGCUGGAUAUUCUCCGUCGAGUAACGGGUCACACACUCCCGCUUCUCCUCUGACGGCGUCCCCCGACCACAUGUCCAUGUUUUCCGGCUUCGGUGACACCAUUAGCAGCUCGCUCCCGCUGUCACUCUCGGCGCUCUGGACUGAACCAUCCCUCGAUCUGGUCAGUCCAUCACCCUCGUCCGUUUCGUCGUCACGCCGGCCGUCGUUGUCGCCAUAUGCACACGGCCACCAGGUGCGCUCCCAGCCAGCCCUGGCGCAGUCCCGAUCGAGCAACAACCUCCGUCUCGCGGCUCAUCGUCUCCCAUCCGACCCUGCGUCGCGCAAGUCCUCCAUCACGAGCGUGGAGCGCGAUGCCGGCCUGCACCUCGAUAUGAAACGGUUAUUAAGCAAGCCCGCGCAGCCAACCCACUCUGGCUCGUCCAUCAUGUCGUUAGGCUCAGACUCAGAGCCGCUCCGCAGCCCCAUGUAUCCCGGGUCCCUCUCGCGCCAGCCGUCGUCGCGACGCACGGCGACCGGUCCUCUCCCCGACGAACGUACACGGCGCCCUACCGAAGACACCGCGACGCUGCGCAAGUCCGCGUCGCGCGCGUCCCUGCACGCGUCCGCCCUGCAGCAGCAGCAGCAGCCCCAGAAGCAGCGCAACGUGCUCCGGCGCAAGGCGAGCGCGACCUCGAACCCCGCAACGCCGACCGCACAGACGUUCCACCAGCAACAGCAGCAGCCCGGUGCGCGCAUAUCCCUGAAGAGCUUCGUCCGCGCCUCGGUGGCCGCGCCGCCGGCGCGCCGUGCUACGCACGACGUCGCCACGACUACCACCACGAGCGAGCUCCCCCGGCGGCACAAGUCGCCGCCCGUUAACCUCACGCCCGCCGGCGCCGUCGCGCACGCAUACAAGCAGCAGGCACGGCGCCGGUCGGAGCUCGCCGAGAUGUCGGGCGGCAGCAGCGGCGACCUGAGGGACGGGUCUGUGGACAGCCGGCGCACAACGCGCGUGGCUGCGGACGGGGACGAGGGCGAGGAGAGCGGCGGGGCGUACUACACGGUGCUGGGCGGUUCGGCAGGGCGGCUCAUCGCGGUGGGCAGCGUCGAGGACAGCAUGUGGGAGUUUGGGUACGACGCGCGGUAUGGCGUGGACGAGCGCUUCCGUCAGGCGAGGGUGAGUAGUAGCGGCAGCGGCGGAGCGGGGGUCAGAGGUCUCGGCAGGAAGGUGUCGGGGAAGUUCAAGCGGCCGGGCUCGACGAAGGAGCAUCGCAGGGCGCAUGCAGACGAGCUGCUGGACAGACGCCCGAAGACUAGCCCGGGGAGCUCCUCCUCGAGACCGCUGGGCCCCUCCAUGGACGAGUAUGUCGAUGUCAACCAGCAGGUCUGCUCGGGCACUGCAAUACCCUCGGCGCCGAAUGGCACGCCGGAAGACAAGACGCUGCGGUCAGUGCGGUCGUUCAAGGGUAAGGAGCCGGAUAGCAACAGCAAGGGCAGCGGCGACGACUCGUCGCCCGGAGGCAAGAUCUGGAAGCUGAUGAAGCGCAUAUCGACCGGUGCGUUGCGCGAAAAAUAUCACGACGCGACGCCGCCACCACCCGUACCCGCCCUUCCGGACGACUAUAAACAUCUGGCAUCGCCCCGGACCACGUUAGACAUCCGCAAGGGACGCGACGACGCAAGCGAGACCGGCAUCUCGCGAUUUAUGAAUUCUCGAACGUCCUUGUCUGCAGUGCGGCCCUCCACUGCCCCGGUGCGGAGCUCGCCACGUACGACCACUGAUAGUUCACGUCCUUCCACUGGCCCUCGACAUAGCACCACCACACGGUCGUCCUCGCCCAUGUCGUCCGAGGUGGCGUCUUCACGGUACUUCCAGAAGUCGCAUUCCACCCACUCGUCGAUUUCAUCGUACGGCGAAGAGCUUCCUCCACUCCCCAAGCCGUCCAGCUCGAACGUCGGCCAGCACAUCAUGACCCCCGGCGAGCUGUACAGCAAGUUGGGCGGAGAUGAACUUGUUCUGCCGAAGCCACACCAACAGAGCAGGAGCCGGACACGGUCUCUUGGUGGCGAAGGCGCCCCGCGACCGCCGAGCGACAUCCGACCAUCGCUUCCGCCUCCGAGGCGCAGCCACACCGCCGGCAGCAAGCCCGCGGCAGCAGACGCCCACUCCCAUCCCCCGUCGCCCCUGAUCCCCGCCUUCGACACGACCGAGCCCACGAACCAUUUCGGCACUCUGUCGUCGCAGUACUCCCUCCCGACGUCCGAGUUCGGCGUCCUCAACGACGACGCUCCGCAGCGGCCUAAACGCAGCUCGCGCCGGAAACCGCCACCGUUCGACCUCGCCGUGCAGACGGGCCCGCCCGUUACGCCGCGGACGCCGCGCUCCCCGCACGCGCCGCCCACGAUCACCGUCGACGACGGGCGGAGUCUCGACCGCAAGUCGCUCGCGGGCUCGAUGCAGUCGACGAUCCACGACCGCGACACGCUGUACUCGCCGUCGCCGACGUCAGCGACGGCGUCGCACUUCCGCACGCCGCUGCGCUUCCGCGAGAUAGACUCGCCGCGGGUGCAGCUCUCGGAGCGCGAGAAGGCCGCCAAGUGGGACGACCUGCUCAUGCGCAGCGAGCAGGCCGGCGGCACGCUCCACCUCGGCGACUCGGGGCUCAUGUCGGACAACGUCCGCUUCUCGGAGUACUCCGUCUCCGAGUCCCCGCCGUGAAUGAACUCUUGAACGAUGAACACUGGCUCUUUUUCCCUUUUGCUUCCCUUCAGACUUUUUGAUGCACACACGCGCACACCCUCUGCACGACGACGAACUAUACCCCAUUCAUUUCUUGCUUACCGUAGCAUAGUCGUAGUCACCUACUUUCUGGCACUGGAUGCAUAAUCUCUUUUCUACCCCCCCUCCCCUUGGCCCAUACCGCCUCUCCCUGGUCUUUUUACCCAUGUAAAUAUCACGCUACGCUUUCCGUGUCGCAUUAAUUUUCUUGCUGUGUAUUACAUUUACCCCCUUUGCUACCGAUAAC